CGAGAGGCUGGAGCUCUCAGUAGGUCGGGUGCGUGACAGUGGGACGGCGGGGUCUUCGCGUGAGAGCGAACUACCCGAACCCAGAGCACGCACGCCCGAGCGUCCCCGCUCUCCGCACGCGCGCCGCCGCCGCCGCCGCCAUGUCGCUGCCGACGCAGUGCCCCUACUGCCGCUCCCCCGCGCCGGCGCGGUGCGCCACCACGCAGCCGCCGCUCUCCCGCCCCGUCUCCGAGUGCUCCUCCUGCGCCCGCCUCGUCCUCGAGCGCCACCUCCACACCCACCCCUUCUUCCCCCUCCUCCCCUCCCUCCACCCGCUCCCCCUCGUCACCCCCGACCUCGCCGCCGCCGCCCCCGCGCCCUCCUCCCCGGCCCCCAACAACGACGACGACGACCCCUUCCUCCCCGCCGGCUUCGUCUCCGCCUUCUCGGCCUUCUCCCUCGAGCGCCACCCCGUCCUCGCCCGCUCCGCCUCCGCCUUCUCCGGCCAGCUCGCCGAGCUCGAGCGCGCGCUCGCCGUCGACGCCGCCGCCUCCUCCACCCCGGACCCCGCGGGCCCCAUGGUCUCCGUCGACAGCCUCCGCGCCUACCUCCAGAUCGUGGACGUCGCCUCCAUCCUCAGGCUCGACCGGGACAUCGCCGACCACGCCUUCGACCUCUUCAAGGAGUGCUCCACCGCCACCUGCCUCAGGAACCGCAGCGUCGAGGCGCUGGCCACCGCCGCGCUCGUGCAGGCCAUCCGCGAGGCACGGGAGCCCAGGACGCUGCAGGAAAUUUCCACAGCUAGCAAUCUUCCUCAGAAAGAGAUAGGAAAAUACAUCAAAAUACUAGGCGAAUCUCUUAAACUGAGCCAACCUCUUAACAGCAAUUCAAUAGCAGUUCACAUGCCUCGGUUUUGCAACCUCCUCCAGCUCAAUAAAUCAGCCCAGGAACUUGCAGCCCACAUUGGUGAGGUGGUUGUUAAUAAAUGCUUCUGCACGAGGCGAAACCCUAUAAGCAUAUCUGCUGCUGCUAUCUACCUUGCAUGUCAGCUUGAAGACAAGCGCAAGACCCAGGCAGAGAUCUGUAAGGUUACAGGCCUUACAGAGGUGACCCUACGCAAAGUGUAUAAAGAGCUGUUGGAAAAUUGGGACGAUCUGCUACCCCCUAACUACACACCAGCUACACCACCGGAGAAAGCUUUCCCGAUGACAAACAUAUAUUCAGCGCGUUCAUCAAGCGGAAAAGAUCUUUAUCAAGACAAGUUGCUGGACAACGUGAAGCAAAAAAGCUCUGAAGCUGCAGAGCCUGAUCACAUGGUAAUCGUAAGAGAGGAUGAAGAUAAGAAAACCACUCCUCCUGGUUGGCCUCCAAAGAAUGAGCCCCGUGACUUGAACCAGGCAGGCUGGCAGCCGAAUGUCCCGUUUUCGGCGUCUCCAAAAUUGGACCGUGACAAUGUGGAGACGAACAUUCGUGGGUUUAACCUCAACGAGGAAUCAUGCCCAAUGGAUUGCGAAAAGCCAGACGUCUCAAUGAAGCCGCCCUUUGCUGAUCGAUGGCCGACUGAACCAAAGGUGCUUCCACCCCCUCCCAAUAGGCAGCCUCUGCCAUGGCAGCUUAAGCAAGCAGCGCCGGCAACCGGGUCAUCAUCUUAUCCGAGGAGUCGUGAGACGCAGCUGGGCCUGGGCAUGGACUUUCUGUCUGGGCGUGGGAAAAGAAGCGCCGGGGAUGGCGGCGGCGAUGGCCGUGAUAAAGAGGGCAAGUGAAGAAGGUUGCAGCUGCAGAUGUUUAUAACCAAAUUAGAAGAACUCAGCUGUGUAGAUAUAGAUGUUCAUCUAUAGUCGAGAUUAAUAUAACAACAAGAUGCAUCAUAUAGAUGAUGAAUUCUACUUCAUAAUGUGUAACCUGAUACUUCCAAAUUAUUUAGCUUGCCAGUUCUCAUAA